CUGGACUCCUUCCGACUCCACGCGGCCCCAGCUCCUGAACCAGCGCAGUGAACCGCAGCCGCUUCUCAGCCUGGGUCUCUUGAACCCUCGGAGAAAAUUUCUCCUCGAGAUGGAUUUCAGCGGUAGGGAAGAGGGGCCAGUGACGCGAGGAGCAAGAAAAGAGAAACAUGGGAGACGAAUGUUCAAACCCACAUCUCCUCGCUAAGCCUGGAAGCUCGCCACAGUGGGAUCAUGGGACCCCGAGGGAAGAGGCUGAGAAUCAGUACGGCACCCGCGUUCCUCGGGUUUUAAAAGCACAUCUGGGGCCAGAGACUGCAUAGCCAACUAAACGGAGUAAACGCGACAGGUGGAGGAGGCAGAGUUGUCAGGGGCCAAGUCCCGCGCGAUCUGGCCAGGUCUUGGGGAGCGCGGACCUGGGACUGCAGAGAGGCGUUUUGAAGCGUGCUGCGCGCACCUGCCUCUCGGAGAUAUUCGACUCCACCCGGGCGUCUCCUGAGAGCCCGCAGUCCACAGACCCCGGGAGGGCUGCCUGCCCUAGGACACGUCCUCUCUCGACCCCUCACUCUUUCAAAACUGGGGAAGAGGCGGAGGGGAUGAAAAAGAAGAAAGAGAGGAGAAUGAAAGAGAGAAAGAAGGAAAUAAAUUUUAAAAAAAUAUAUUAA